UUUGCGUCACUUGAACCUUAAAAUUAAGCAUGUAUAAACAUAAUGAUAUUGGUAAGCUCACAACCUGUUAAUCCAUAAGAAGCACUCUGGAGAGUUGAUUUUCAUAACUCAGUACAGGGACCUUGUCCAUUUAUGCUGAGACUGAAGAACCCAUCUCUCCUUUUAUCAACUUUCAAACCAAAAACAAUAGGAAUACAAAAUUCGGUGUCAUGUCGUAAAGCAAAUUUAAACGGAAGCAUUGUAAAAUUGAUUGAAAACUCACAUCGCUGCCAAGGAAGAAAUGCCCAAUUGCGGCGGUAGGACAAUCAGAUCUCAGAGUCCUUACAGGUGUAAUGUCAGUCGAUCGCGAAGGAAGUCGAUAGCUUCCAGGCCGAAUAAUUGCCAGCAAGUAAGUGACCAGAUCGGGGAACAACUGCUGCUUACGCUGGUCCAGAGCUUACCCUCGUGUGUCAUGGAUGCUGCCCGGUCCCGAUCCUUCUCGCCGUCCGCAUUACGUCGCAGGAUACGCCCAAAUGGCAGCCGACCCCUUAAGGCGCCAUCGACGAUAUCGUAUAGCAAGACUCCGCUUAGAUUGCAAAUGGGAAUGCCGGUCAGGCAAGUUUCUGGCCAAGAUCGAACUAGUGCAAGGGCGGCGGAGCAGGUGAAACCUUUUAACCAGUGCUCGGUGGACACUUUCUUAAUGCGCCGCAGAGAGUCCUCGAUGGCGAAGGCCAGGGCCAGAGAUAAGGAGUACGAAAGGAUACCUAAGAUGAAGGGAGAAAAGAAGAAGGAGCUCACGACGUCCCAGGCCCAGGCCCAGGCUCAGGCCCAGGCUCAGGCCCAGGCCCAGGUCAAGGCACGAGAAGAGGAGUACGAGAGGAUACCAAAGAUGAAGGGAGUUAAAAGGGAGUCAACGAUGAGCCAGGCCAGGGCCAGAGAAGAGGAGUACGAGAGUGUCCCAAGGAUCAAGGGAGGACGAAAGUCAGAAGACAGUCCAAACCCGCGGAGCAGCCAGGAAGCAUCAAACCACAGCAUCCUAGAUCUUCCUCAAAUCAUGUCAGCAAGAUCCCAAAAGAGCCACCAGGAACCAUCAAACCAUAGUAUUCAAGAUUUUCCAGAAAGUAGCUCCAAGAGAUCUAAUUGGAGCAGCCAGGAAGUAUCAAAUCAUGCUAGCAUGCAUGAUAUUCCAGAAAGUAGCCCGAAAAGAUCCCACAGGGGCAGCCAGGAAGCAUCCAAUCAAAGCUUGGAAGUUACUCAACAAAUUCUCUCUAAGAAAUCCCAUUGGAGCAGCCAAGAAGUAUCAGUCCAAGAUAUUCAACAAGGUAACCGGAACACAAUUGAAAUGACCCUCCAGGAAGCAUCAACUCAUAGCGUCCAAGAUACUAAACAAAGUAACCGGAAAACAUUUGAGAAGAGCAGUCGGAAGACAAACGAGAACAUCAGCCCGAGGUCUCAGAGCAGCCCGAGGUCUCACAGCAGCCCGAGGUCCCAGAGUAGCCCCAGAUCCCAGAGUAGCCCGAGGUCCCACAGCAUCCGACCUUCCCAGAGCAACCGGAGGUCCCAGAGCAACCGGAAGUCCCAGAAUAGCCAGAGGUCCCACAAGAGCGACAGUUUCCCAAACAGCCCAAGGUCCCUGAACAGUCCAAGGUCCCAGAACAGCAACCACGAAAUAUCCAAUCAUAGCUUCCAGGAUGAUUCCAAAAAGAGUAUUCAAAAAAGCUUCAAGAAGAGCAUUCAGAAUACUUACGAAGAAGAAAACGAACAAAGUAUCUUACGGAACCGAAGCACAAUCCCUGAGAUUUCCAAUAAAACUAGCAAAAAGGGCUCCCCUAAGGAUUUUUCCAAUCAAAGUAGCCGAAAAAAUUCCAGGAAGAGCAGCAAAGAGGAUUACGAUCCAGAAUAUAACGAAAAGAGCAGCGUUCACAGUAUCUCACAGAAAGGCAGCAAUGAAAUAUCAAAUCACAGCUCCCGAUGUACUUUAGAGGAAGAGCCGGAGGAAUUGCCUGCACCCAUUAAAAAAAAAUGCCCUAACAAGGAGCAGCAUAAGAAAAUAAAGGAUAAGAUCUUUCCUUGCUUUCGUGGGGAAUAUCCAACGCGACAUUGUAAGGACUCGUAUCUGUGGUUCGAGGCCGGUGUUCCAAAUUGCGGCAAAUUGGUGAGCAUCUGUGAUGGGAGGCAGCAAGUGAUGGGUCCGGCGGAGAUCGUCACUGCCUGCGAGGUGACCGAGUCCCACUACCUGACAUUGGACGAUGACAAUGCCAAUGACCUGCCACCUGUUAAUCCUUGCAAAAAGUGCAGACAGAUGAUGUAUGGAUAUCCACUCCAGCAGCAGCAACUGCAGCAACAACAGCUACAGGAUCAGUACCUACAGGAGCAGCAGCAACAGGAACAGGAUAUGAACUGUUUCGGUCCCUUUAGGCAAAAGCAGUUUUCCUGCAGACAGCAGCAAUUUCCUUACAGACAGAAGCCACUUCCCUGUAGGCAGCAGCAACUUGCCAGUAUGCACUAUUCACCUUCUCGUAUAACCCAACAUUCAUCCGUUGGUCGAGAGCGACCAUCAAAAGGGCAAACACGAUCAUCUAAUAAACAACAGCGUUCAUCCGUUGGGCAACAGCAGUCAACCUUUGAGUCACAGCGACCAUCCGUCAGUCAACGGCAACCGUCCUUUGAGCAACAACGAUCAUCCGUUGGGCAACAGCGCUCAUCCGUUGGUCAACAGCAUUCAUCCUUCGAGCAACAGCGCUCAUCCGUUGGUCAACGCCAUUCGUCCUUUGGCCAACACCGAUCAUCCGUAGGGCAACAUCAAUCACCCAAUGGGCAACAGCGGUCAUCCGUUGGACAACAGCGUUCAUCCGAUGAGCAUCAACAAUCAUCCUUUGGGCAACAGCGCUCAUCCCUUGGUCAACAGCAAUCGUCCGUUGGGCAACAGCGAUCAACCGUUGGGCAACAGCAAUCAUCCUUUGGGCAACCUUCACGUCCUUGUCCGAAACGAUUGAAUUGUAGGCAGAGUUCGCCCCACAAAGUAUGCUGGAAGUGUCAGGAUCAGCAAUUGGCACUCCAAAUGCAAAAUCAAAUAACGCCAUUGCCACAACCACAACUACAGCCACAACCACAGACGCAACAGCAACAGCAACAGCAGGUAAUCCCAAGCAAUACCUAUGGCCUGAAUGAGAUGCUGGCGGAGGAACUGAAGCAACAGAUGGAGGAGGCCCAAGCCCAGAUUGCCAAGGUGCAGCACCAGCUCAAUAGCGUCUGUAGGUGUGCUGCUCCCAAUUGCCCUAGCUAUGGGCCAACCACAUGUGCGCAGUACAUGAUGGAACAAGAUGCUGUUGAAACGUUCGAAAAUAACGAAAUGCAGAACCUGGAAGAACCAUCGCAGCAGCAGCAGCAGGAGUGGCCCAUCGAUCCGAGAGAGGGUUCGGGUCAGCAGCCGAUUCAGUUCGGUUAUUAUCCUAUGCCUCUGCCCAUGCCAAAUCAAGGUCCAUGCUACCAGGAUGAGGCUAUGCCAUUGCCUAUGACAUUCUCUUGUCAUCAAUUGCCUCCUUGCCGGCAGCAAGUUCCUCCCAGCCGGCAGCAAGUUCCUCCGUGUCAACCGGAGUAUCCCUGCCAGCAGGAACUGCCUCCUUGUCAACAAGAUUAUCCUUACCAGCAAGAACUGCCACCUUAUCAGCCAGAGCUGCCACCUUUCCAGGAAGAACAGCCACUUGGCCAGCAAGAGUUCUCACCUUGCCAGGAGGAAAUGCCACCUCCCCAAGAAGAACUAUCACCUUACCAGCAAGAACAGCCGCCCUCCCAGCCGCAACAACCUCCUUUAAAGCAACAACAGCCAUCGUAUCCUUGCCAGCAGCAAGGUUACAAGUCUCCGUGCCAGGAACAACAGUCAAUAUAUCCCUGCCAGCAGAACCGGACACCGAGUCCGCCCCAGCCGAAUAUGUUCCCACAUAACCCGCACUGCUGUCCCAGUUGGUACUUCCAGCGAUAUGCCAAAAUGCGCUUCAUGAUGCCGCGUUGCUGGCCCCGCUGAACUCGUAUCGAAAUUCAUAGCUUAGCUUACCAUGAACAGCCAGGACCUGCCUGUUCACGGUAAGAUAUCCUACGAAUGGAGAGUGAGAUUCAUCAAGCGCUAUUUAAUUGUGCAAUUCUUCCGUUUAAAAUUGAGGCCAAUCGGGAACGAACGCAACUGCCCAUAAAUAAAGUUCUAAUUUGAUUUA